UUCUAGAGGAAUCUCGUUGCUUGGGACUGGACACCGUCACGCGCCCUCUCGUCCUCAUACUGAUGAUAUUCUUCACACUUCCAGAUCUGUGACGAACGAUGACAUUAGCUACGUUACAAACAAGAAGUGCGUUUGGACAAGAAACCCGGUUGUUGAGCUUCCUUUGCUCAGUGUUGUUGUUCUUGGAGACUUCAUACGCAUUGCCAGGAGCCAACCAGUCAGGAAUUAGUUUUCGUUUAUCGCACUUUGUAGACACAAGCGUCACGACCAACUUGUUAGGAGAUCAGAGGGACGUGUUAAGUUCCCGUAUCUUGCCGUCAGUUCGCCAUUGGCUACUUCGCACUCUUACUGAUGUGACUCGCGAAGAUUUGGCGUCGCCCAUUUUGUUGCGCAGCGACUGUUUGUUAGCUAGUCGUGAGCUUAUAUGGCAGGGCGGUGUGUACUGUGAUGGGUCUUGCGCAGACUACACAAAGUGUGGACAUCAGGUUGUCCCGGAUGAACAUCUGAAAUGUCAAAGGUGUGUGAGGGUGACGGGAUGUCAACAGUGUCAACAUUGUGAGGAAGCGAAGACAGGAUCAGGAGUAGCUGACACUGAUUAUCUUCUCUAUGUGACCGCAGUCAAUGAUUCUAAUUGUCGCUCACCUGAUGUAUUAUACACGUCUGUCCCUUGUAGCCAAGAUCUGACUUACAAUCGUCCGAUAGCUGGAAACAUUAAUAUUUGCCCUGGUGCGUUUAGAAGCAGUCUCGUUGCUUUUGAAUAUCAAGUCAGUCUCUUUUUACGAGAGAUGAUCAGAUUGUUGGGGUUUCGGACAGAGCUCUUUCCAUAUUACAGAGACUCCGAUGGUAUCCCUCUAACCCCAAGAGAUGAUAACGGAAAGCCAAUACUUCAGAGUGUGCUGGGUCAACCUUCCGAGCUUGCGUCAGCUGCAACGAUUCGUGUCAGUAAGACUCCUUGGGUAACGGCUACAGAGUCAGUGAAUGUAGAGAUAUCACAGACGGAUCACCUCAUCGUAACACCAACUGUUGUUCGAGAAGCCCGAAAUCACUUUGGUUGCAACGACCUUACAGGCCUUGCAUUGGAAUCAACAGGAAACGACGCUUUCUCCUUCUGGAACAAACGACUCAUGUUGGGCGAACUGAUGACCUCAGACCCUCAACCCGGAGCAAUUGUUUCAUCAAUAACGUUGGCACUAUUGCAAGACACCGGAUGGUAUGGUGUCAGCUACACACAAGCGGGAUAUCUACCAUGGGGUAACAAGUUUGGCUGUACGUUCACCAAUGGCAGUUGCUUGGCGUAUGCACUCGAAAAUGCGGCAGUCGUGCAAAGUGAGCAGAUGCUUCUUGCCAAGAAUUGGUCGGCAGUGGUCGAUGUUGAGCAGAUGCAGUGGGGAGCCGGGUCCGAGUUUAUUUUGGCAGCGAAUGGUGGAAAUCGUGUGCGACAUCCGUUUCAUUCGUUUCCGUUCUCAAGUGUCGUUGACAGUGUAGCGUCGUUCACACGGUGCACGUAUGAUCAUCGCUUUCUUGCUCGCAGCAAUCUCAAUCGCUAUGACACUCUGUCUCCGUUGAGUUACUUUGGAGGUUUGUAUAAUGGAACUGGAUAUGUUUCUACGAAUGAUGGGAAGUACUAUAGAGGUGCAGAUCAAGAGACAAGUUCAUGUCCGUACUUUCAGUCGGUAGUACUGCCGGGAAUGGAUUAUCGUCAGUUUCAUGACUGCAAGAAUCCAUUUGUAGGAUUGAAAUGGAACUACUUUCGGGAGCAGCACACGUUACAAUCGUUUUGCGUCAACUUUGCUUCUCAUUGGACCUACAACGACACCUUUCUCCAUCCCUUCAAUCUCGAUCACAUCUCUAGCGGCUGCUACAAAAUAAACUGCUACUCAACUUCUCAUUCAAUGUCAAUUCAAGUAAUGGACACUGCCUACUCAUGCUCACAUUCAGGUGCCAUUAUCGACAUCCAUGUGGUCAUAAGCGGCAUUCCAGUGAGUGGCAGUCUAAUCUGUCCACCAUAUGACACCGUGUGUGCUCAACACGGUUGCCCCAACGGCUGCAACAGCAGAGGAACAUGUCGAGUCAACACGAAAGGAAAGAGCGAGUGUGUGUGCUCGGUCGGCUUCUCUGGAUUAGACUGCAGCGAGAUAACCGGCUAUGGGCUUUACACACCCACAGGCCCAAUUGUAUUGCCUGUACACCUGACUACCACGUCGACCCCAACGAGUGAAUCACCCGGUGACGACGGCGUGAAGUGGACAGCCAGAGUGAUCGCGAACUUCGUGGCGACGUUUGCUGCCGCGAUUAUCAUCAUUGUUAUUCUCGUUUGGCUGUUCAAGUGUGGUGGUAUGCGACAAGGGAAGAUGAAGGGCCCGCCGAGUCGGACCCAGCAAAGAGAGCAGAGGCGUCUCGCUCAGCAAACGGUACCACAUGUUGUGGAUACUUCGAAUGAAGUAUCAGUGUCAUAUCCGCCCGCCUAUCGGGUCAGACCCGAUGGAUCUCAGCCGCUGUAUCCUGUACAGGUGUCUAUAGGAUCGUACAGCUACACGCCGCCUGUCGAUGAUAAUGAUGUGGUUACUUGAUCGAGUAGGACAUUAUGCUUAGCAUGUAGAUGCAAUGGUAUUUUCUUCUUUAGAGCGGUUGUUUUAAUGCAGGAAAUUUUGUAGAUUCGGUACUGUAUGUAUCUGGUAUUAGUCAACCCACGCUAAGAGUGGUUGAUAUUAAAUUAAUUGUGAUAAAUUUAGAAAAGCGGCAAGUGGUGAUGUAGUGCAAGCUAACCUUUUCCAUACACACUGAACAUCUUUAUUUCCUUUUAUUAUGUAAUUAUUAUAUAUUAUUAUUGAUAAUAAAUUUUUUGA